AACCAAACCAUAUAAUGCCAUGAUCUGCUCUUCUUUAUCUCUGCUCGGUUCUGUCCUAUGCUCUUCAUUACUGUUGUGUUCACUACCCAACUCUUUCAACUUUGAGAGAAACAAGCUUCAGUCUUGACCAACAAUCUCUGCUCUGUAUGGGAUAAGUUCUUGGACGUAAGUCACGUAACCAUGGAGGCCUUCUGGACUCUGUUCUGCAAUGCUGCUAAAUGUUCGGGUGACAAUGCCAAGAACGGGUGUGGCUUGGUCAUCAACCCAUAUUCUUGCAUCAACCAAAUUCUGGUCAUUUCAAUUGAUGCCUUGCUUCUGUUAGUUUUCCUGGUCAUCUUGAUAUGCAAAUCAUGCUCCUCGAAAAAAUCCAUAGCUCCGUCCCAGUCAGCUCAUUCUAGCCCCUUACGGAUUGCUGCCGCCAGUUUCAAUGGGCUGCUGAGUUUGGGCUAUUUCAGUUUUGGGAUUUGGAUUAUCUAUGAGAAGACAAAAACGGAGCAGACUGUUCUUCCCCUACACGAAUGGCUAACGGUCCUCUUCCAUGGGCUCGGUUGGUUGCUACUAAGCUUGACCGUUAGCAUUAGAAAGCUAUACUUUCCAUUCGUGGGUUUAACCAGAUUUUACGCUGUUAUCGGCUCGUUGUUCGCCGGAUUUCUUUUCAUUUCAUGCGUCUGGGAAGUACUGGUGAAGAAGUUGGUCACUGUGGGAUUAAUCUUGGACAUAUUGUCCCUUCCGGGGGCAAUUCUAUUGCUAUUGUGCGUGCUCGAGAGACAAGAUCACGGGGACUCCAAUGGAGCCCUUUACGAGCCUCUCCAAGGAAGGGAGCCUGAAGAAACUGUCGAACUAAAGGAUGACAUUACCCCUUUCGCUUAUGCAGGACUUCCAAGCAAACUGACAUUUUGGUGGUUAAAUCCUCUUAUGAAGAAGGGGAAGCACAAGAUUCUCCAGGAGGAUGAUAUCCCACUUCUAAGGAGAGAGGAUCGAGCCGAGACUUGCUACUCAAGAUUUAUGGAACGAAUUCAGAAAAACAAGAAGGACGGAUCGAGCGAUGCCUCCUCGAUGCUGUGGGCAAUAGUUUAUGUAGAGAGGAAGGGUAUUCUGGCCUCGGGAAUUCUCGCAUUGAUCAAGGUUUUGGCCCUGGCAACAGGUCCACUGUUCCUCAGUACUUUCGUCAAGUUGGUCCUGGGCGAGCAGGCCUUUGAGUAUGAGGGCUACGCCCUAACCGCAGGUUUGUUCUUAGUAAAGUGCUUGGAGUCUUUCUCUGAAAGACAAUGGUACUUUCAGACCCAACUCAUUGGGCUUCGGGUCCGGUCCUUCCUAUCAGCUGCAAUCUGUGGGAAGCAAUUGAAGAUCUCAAAUGCUGCUAAGAUUACUCAUUCUCCGGGUGAGAUCGUGACUCUCGUUACAUCAGAUGCCUAUAGGAUUGGUGAGUUCCCAUAUUGGUUCCACCAAAUAUGGUCCACGAGCCUCCAACUGUGCCUCGCACUUGCCAUAGUCUAUUAUGCCGUGGGAUUGGCGACUUUGGCUGCUUUGGUCGUAAUAAUUCUAUUGGUGGUUGGGAGUUCUCCUUUGGCGAAAUUGCAGCACAAGUACCAAAAGAAACUCAUGGAAGCACAAAGUCGGAGGGUAAAGGCCACCACGGAGGCGCUCGCCAACAUGAAGGUGUUGAAGCUGUAUGCCUGGGAGACACAUUUUAAGGAUGUGGUGGAAAAGCUGAGGAAGGAAGAGUCAGAGUGGAUUGACAAAGUAUUAGCCCAGAAAGGCUACUACUUGGUCCUCUUCUGGUCGUCCCCGAUCCUCGUCCCGGCAGUCACAUUCUGGGUCUGCUACUUGUUGGGUAUCUCUCUGAAUGCAGGCAAUGUGUUCACAUUCCUCGCUAGUCUUCGGAUAGUUCAGGAGCCAGUUAGGCUGAUCCCUGAUGUGGUUGGGGCCUUCAUUCAGGCUAAGGUUUCCUUCUAUCGGAUUGUGAACUUUCUUGAGACUCCGGAGUUGCAGAAUAAGAAUGUGAAGCAAAAGAAGCGUGAAUGGGGAUUGGAUGAGGCGGCGGUUAUUGUGGACGCAACCGAGAUAUCAUGGGACUCGAACCUGAGCUCAGUGAAAGCAACUCUGAGGAAUGUUAAUUUGACAGUUAAGCCUGCAGAAAAGGUUGCUAUAUGUGGAGAAGUUGGAUCAGGGAAAUCAACUCUUCUGGCGACCAUUCUCGGAGAAGUAGCAUAUGUCAAUGGAACAGUUCAGGUCCAUGGAAGGAUGGCGUACGUCUCGCAAACAGCAUGGAUACAGACAGGAACUAUUCAAGAAAACAUCCUCUUCGGGUCACCUAUGGAAUCUGCUAGAUACCUGGAGACAAUUCGGAGGUGCGCCCUAGAGAAAGAUCUUGAAAUGCUUCCGUUUGGCGAUCUGACAGUUAUCGGAGAGCGAGGUGUGAAUCUGAGUGGCGGGCAAAAGCAGAGGAUCCAGCUCGCCCGAGCCCUUUAUCAGGAUGCUGACGUUUUUCUUUUGGAUGAUCCAUUCAGUGCUGUAGAUGCCCACACAGCGACAAGCUUAUUCAAUGAAUAUGUUAUGGAAGCAUUGUCCGGAAAGACAGUUUUGCUUGUUACUCAUCAAGUUGACUUCCUCCCAGCUUUUAAUUCCAUCCUGCUAAUGUCCUCUGGGGAAAUCUUAAGAACCGGUAGUUAUGAUCAUUUGAUGGCUUUGUCCCCAGAGUUUCAGGAUCUCGUCAAUGCACACAACACAACCGCUGGUUCCAAUCAGCAAAUUGAGGGCCCCCUCUCUAGGAAAGAACGAUACAGCAAGGAAGAGAUCGAGAAAAUCGAAGUGAAGGAAAGCUUUGAAGCCUCUUCAGGGGACCAGUUGAUUAAGGAAGAAGAACGGGAGGUUGGAGACACCGGCCUUAAGCCUUACAUACAAUACCUUAAACAUGACAAAGGCUUCUUGUACUUCACCAUUUCAAUGCUUGCUCAUGCCAUCUUUAUCAUUGGGCAAUUGGCUCAAAAUUAUUGGCUGGCAUCAAUUAUUGGGAACUCUAGCGUGAGCAGCGCAGAGCUAAACUCGGUUUACACUGGGAUUGGGCUCUUAAUAGCGGUCAUCCUUUUGUUCCGAUCAUACAUCGUAGUUCGCUUAGGCAUCAGUGCAUCGGAGUCUAUAUCGACUCAGUUGCUGCAAUCUCUCUUUCGUGCUCCAAUGUCGUUUUACGACUCCACACCUCUUGGGAGGAUCCUCAGUCGGGUAUCUGCAGAUCUAAAUAUUAUCGACACUGAUGUGGCUUUCAGAAUGAAUAUUGCAUUUGGGUCGACAAUGAACGCGUACUCCAGCUACGUGAUACUUAUAUUUCUUACAUGGCCGACUGCUUUCAUUGUCAUACCUAUGAUUUAUCUUACAAUCGUAAUACAGAAAUACUAUUAUGCUUCCUCGAGGGAAUUGAUGCGGUUGGAUGGCACGACAAAGUCCUUCCUAGCGAGCCAUGUAGCCGAAUCCAUUGCCGGUGUGAUGACAAUAAGGGCUUUCGGGGAGGAAGAUCGUUUCUUCUCGAAGAGUUUACGACUCAUCGAUGCAAAUGCAAGUCAAGAGUUCCACACAUUCUCUGCAAAGGAAUGGCUGGUCCAGCGGCUUGAAAUCCUCUGUGCCAUCGUCCUCUCAUCUUCAGCACUCGCAAUCACACUGCUCUACCUCGGAUCUUCAUACUCGGGUUUCACUGGGAUGGCAUUAUUGUAUGGUCUGUCACUAAAUGUGUUCCUGGUGACCGCUGUCCAAUUCCAAUGCAUACUCUCCAGUCUUCUCAUUUCGGUUGAAAGAGUAGAGCAGUAUAUGCACAUCAAGAGCGAGGCUCCUGAAGUAAUCGAAGGCUAUAGGUCCGAUUCCAACUGGCCUUCUACCGGCAAUUUAAGGAUAUGUGAUUUAAAGGUUCGAUAUCGGCCUGGGGCCCCAUUAGUACUUCGGGGGAUAAGUUGCAACAUAGAAGGCGGGCACAAGGUUGGUAUUGUUGGCAGGACAGGUAGCGGAAAAACUACCCUUAUCAGCACACUGUUCCGUUUAGUUGAACCAACGGAGGGCAAGAUCAUUGUUGAUGAUCUAGACAUCUGCAAAAUCGGGCUCCAUGACCUCAGGUCACAUUUUGGGGUCAUACCACAAGAUCCAACCCUUUUCGAUGGGACAGUGAGGUACAACCUAGACCCGUUAGCGGAGCACACUGAUGAUGAGAUUUGGAAGGUUCUUGGCAAAUGCCAGCUCCGGGAGGCCGUACAAGAGAAGGACAAUGGCCUCAACUCUCUAGUUGUGCAGGAUGGGUCAAACUGGAGUAUGGGACAGAGGCAACUGUUCUGCUUGGGACGUGCAUUGUUGAAGAGAAGGCGGAUACUGGUUCUUGAUGAAGCCACAGCAUCUAUUGACAAUGCGACUGAUUCAAUCCUCCAGAGAACGAUUCGAACAGAAUUUGCUGACUGUACGGUCAUAACAGUAGCCCACAGAGUACCGACCGUUGUGGACUGCACGAUGGUUCUCGGCAUGAGUGAUGGAAAACUGGUGGAGUACGAUGAGCCGAUGAAGCUGAUAAAUAAAGAGGGUUCACUGUUUGGGCAGCUUUACAAGGAGUACUGGUUUCGAACUGCGAAUGCAAGCAAUUACUUGGAGGGUUAGUGGAGACAAUCCACCUGUUGGUUUUUGAAAAUCAGGAAUUUUGGCUAAUAAAGCAUUGUAAUAUAUAUUUAGCGGGAGGCAGUUUAAGGCGUAAAAAUAAAGGACAACGGAUUGGAGGAAUCCCACCAAUGCAAGGAACGAACAAAUAUCAGUUGCUUUUCUCUGGAUGGAGUGAUUCGGAGUAAGAGGAUUUGAAGAGAGUUCUAUUCCACUAUAUCCUACUACUUAAAUCACCAGUUCUCGGCUUCCUAUUUUAUCUGUUGCUGCACUAUAUACUUAAUAGAAAUGCAGUUGGGAUGUACAAUUUUCAGUAGUCUCAUAAGGUUGUUGAUUUUCUCUGGACGAUGAUGGCGAGGAAAUAGCUUACACUUUACAGAUGGAGAGGAAGGGAAUUGAUAGGGUAAGUUGAUUAAACAUGAUGAAAAACAUCUGGGUCAUCAGUCAAUAGAUAUUCAUGAUUCCAUGGAAAAUCCAUCAUAGCAGGCUUCAAGGAUCGAUAUGCAA